AUGGUCCACUCCCAAGAAAAGUACGAUAUCGUCAUCGUGGGCGCUGGCCCCGUUGGUAUUCUUUUGUCGCUUUGCAUGUCUCGUUGGGGAUAUAAUGUCAAGCACAUCGAUAACCGGCCGGUACCCACCGCCACUGGCCGCGCCGACGGUAUCCAGCCCCGCUCGACUGAGAUCCUUCGCAAUUUGGGCCUGAAGCGCCAGAUCAUGGCCUACAAGCCCGCCAAGGUCUACGAUGUCGCCUUCUGGGAUCCUCUCCCCGGAGACCAAGGAAUUCACCGCACGGGAAGCUGGCCCAGCUGCCCGCGCUUCAUCGAUACCAGAUAUCCCUUCACCACCCUCGUUCACCAGGGUAAGAUCGAGCGCGUGUUCAUCGACGAGAUCCAGAAGGCCGGUACCACCGUCGAUAGACCAUGGACCAUCGUUGGCUUCAAGAACGAUGGAUUAGACGAGACCUACCCCGUUGAGGUGCAGCUGAAGUGCAUCGACACCAACGUGAUCAAGACCGUCCGCAGCAAGUACCUCUUCAGUGGUGAAGGUGCUCGCAGUUUUGUCAGACAGGAGCUGGGCAUUCAAAUCCAUCACAAGGACCCCAUCUCCUACGUGUGGGGUGUCAUGGAUGGUGUCGUGAGAACCAACUUCCCUGACAUCGAGACUAAGUGCACGAUCCACUCCGACGCCGGUUCCAUCAUGGUCAUUCCUCGGGAGGACAACAUGGUCCGUCUUUACGUCCAGAUCGCGUCGUCGACCGAUCCCGACUUCAACCCCCGCAAGACUGCCACCGCCGAAGAAGUGCAGGAGACUGCUAAGAAGAUCUUGAAGCCCUACUGGGUCGAGUGGGACCGUGUGGAAUGGUACUCCGUCUACCCCAUCGGCCAGGGUAUCUCGGAACGGUAUACCUUGGACGAGCGAGUGUUCAUGGGCGGUGAUGCUUGCCACACGCACAGCCCCAAGGCUGGUCAGGGUAUGAACACGGCCUUCCACGACGCUCUCAACAUGGCCUGGAAGAUUCACGCCGUCGAGUCGGGAUUGGCUAAGCGCGAAAUCCUCAAGACCUACGAGAGCGAGCGCAAGGACAUCGCCGAGACCCUCUUGAGCUUCGAUAACAAGUACGCUGCCUUGUUCUCCAAGCGUCGUCCUACUGCCGGCGAAGUCGGUGAGGCUAGCCACAACGCCGCUGCGACCAAUGCCGAGGAGGACCCGUUCGUCAAGACAUUCAAGGAAUCUUGCGAAUUCACUAGUGGCUAUGGUGUUGCCUACAAGUCCAGUGUCUUCACUUGGGACGAGACUCACCCCGCUCAGUCUCCUCUGUUCAACAUCCCUGGUGUGAAGCUGACCCCUGGUCGUGCCUUCACUCCUAGCACCGUCACCCGCUUGGCUGAUGCUAACUUCGUGCACUUGGAGCAGGAGAUCCCUGCCAACGGUGCCUUCCGCAUUUUCAUCUUUGCCGGUAACCAGGCCAAGACCAACAAGGCGAUCGCCGACUUGGCUGCCAACCUGGAAAAGGAGCGCUCCUUCCUUUCGGUGUACCGCAGAAGUGACAUUGCCGAUGUCUCUUUCUUCGAGCGCCACCUUCCUCACUCCAAGCUGUUCUCUCUCUGUGUGAUCUAUGCCUCUGAGAAGAACAAGGUUGACAUGGCGGCCGUGCCCAAGAUCCUCCGGGAUUACCACCACCACAUCUACGCUGACGAUAUUCCCGAUGUGAGAGUCCCUCACGCCAAGUUUGCCGCUCACGAGAAGCUCGGGUUCGACCCUGAGGUGGGCGGUGUUGUCGUUACUCGCCCAGACAGCCACAUUGCCUGCACUGUGCAGCUGGUGGAGGGCAGCGGCACCGUUGACGCUCUCAAUGCCUUCUUUGGCUCCUUCUCGACCAAGCCCCUGGGCCAGGAUCAGCAGGCCAGCCGCCUAGUCAACGAGCUCCGUCCCAAGGACACUGAAGAGGAGCCCUAUUACUUCACCUUCAAGGUCCAAUGCACGGGCUGUCGCGAGGUUCAUCCCAACUGGGUCAGCUUCAACCGCUUUGAACAGCACGAAAUCCCCGGAAGCCGUGGCGAGGCGAACUUCGUGUGGAAAUGCAAGCUCUGCCAGUAUUCGUAUCAGAGAAGAGAGACUGAUUCUGGCAUCCACCAGAAAACCCACUCCGCCUCGAUCAUCGCGGGCCCCAACGCCUACGAGGCGAACGACAAGCGCUCCGGCCAGAAGGUGAUUGAUAUCGACUGCCGUGGUCUCGAGUUUACGGAUUUCAAGCCUGAUGGCGACUGGGAGGCUAAGGGUGUUGAGUCGAAUACCCCGUUCACUGGCAUUGAUUUGUCCGAGGGCGAGUGGUAUGACUACGACGAGAAGGCUAGCGAUGAGGUCGCCAUUAAGGAGAUUUCCUGGAAGGUGGGAAGGGUCGGCGAAGAGGUCAUCAUCCGCCUGAAAUGGGGCCAAACAGAGUACAAGGGCAAGCUGGAGAGCAUCGACUCGUACAUGAACGUGCUGCUGCGGGAUACGGAAGAGUUCAUUGAUGGCAAGGACACGGGAACUCUGGGUCUGGUGCUGAUCCGAUGCAACAACAUCCUCUGGAUGGGCUCCGCGGCAAACGUCGAGAUGACGGAUCUGGGAUUACGGUAA